UCCGGCGACGGUACGGCUCUGCUCGGCACGAUACGGCUCGGUUCGGCACGGCUCAACACGGCUUGGCUCGGCGCGGCUCCGUUCGGCACGGCACGGCUCGAGCCACGCUGCCAUGGGAGGCUGCGGCACGUGGGCAUGGCGGGAGCUGCUGCUGCUGCUGGGCAGCGUGUGGCUGGGGGUGGGCAGCUCCCAGCCCACCCCCCUGGGCCCCACGCACGCUCCUGGGCCCCAGCUGAAGUUUCGUCUGGCCGGUUACCCACGCAAGCACAACGAGGGCCGUGUGGAGGUGUUUUACAACGACGAGUGGGGCACCAUCUGCGACGACGACUUCACGCUGGGCAACGCGCACGUGCUGUGCCGGCACCUCGGCUUCGUGGCUGCCACCGGCUGGGCCCACAGCGCCAAGUACGGCAAGGGCGUCGGGCGGAUCUGGCUGGACAACGUGAACUGUGCCGGAGGAGAGAAGAGCAUCAGGGACUGCAAACACCGGGGCUGGGGCAACAGCGACUGCAGCCACGAGGAAGACGCGGGUGUCAUCUGCAAGGAUGAGCGCAUCCCAGGCUUCAAGGACUCCAAUGUCAUUGAGACGGAGCAGAGCCACGUGGAGGAGGUCCGCCUGCGGCCGGUGGUGUCGGGGGCCCGGCGGCAGCUGCCGGUGACAGAGGGCAUCGUGGAGGUGCGCUACAAGGACAGCUGGGCACAGAUCUGUGACGAGGGCUGGGACGGCCGCAACAGCCGCGUCAUCUGCGGCAUGAUGGGUUUCCCGGCUGAGAAGAAGGUCAACAGGAACUUCUACAAGCAGCUGAAGCGAGCAGCCAGGAUGAAGGGCCGGAGCCCGAGGCCAGGCAGCAGGCUCUUCACGGAGCGGCAGCAGCUCAACUACCGCCUGCACUCAGUGUCAUGCACGGGGACAGAGGUGCAUCUCUCCAUGUGCACCUUCGAGUUCUACCGAGGCAAUGCCUCGGCUGCCUGCAGGGCGGGGAUGCCCGCCGUCGUCAGCUGCCUGCCCGGGCCCCUCUUCGCUGCUGGGAAUGCCCACAAGAAGAAACAGCGCCAGCAGCAGCAGGGCCAGCCCCGGAUCCGGCUGAAGGGCGGUGCGAGGGUCGGCGAGGGCCGUGUCGAGGUGCUCAAGAGCAGCGAGUGGGGCACGAUCUGUGACGACCGCUGGAACCUGCUGUCGGCCAGCGUGGUGUGCCGGGAGCUGGGCUUCGGCAGCGCCAAGGAGGCCCUCACCGGAGCACGCAUGGGCCAAGGGACGGGACCCAUCCACCUUAACGAGGUGCAGUGCCAGGGCACCGAGAAGUCUCUCUGGAGCUGCCCCUUGAGGAACAUCACGCAGGAGGACUGCAAGCACACGGAGGACGCAGCUGUCCGCUGCAACAUCCCCUACAUGGGCUACGAGAACCUGAUUCGGCUGAGCGGGGGCCGGAGCCGCUUCGAGGGGCGGGUCGAGGUGGCGGUGGGGGCUGGCGACAGGGACCAGCCCCGCUGGGGUCUGGUCUGCGGCGAAGGCUGGGGCACGCUGGAGGCGAUGGUGGCCUGUCGCCAGCUGGGUCUGGGAUUCGCUAACCACGGCUUACAAAUCCGCCUGGCCGGCGGGAGGACGGUGUUCGAGGGCCGCGUGGAGGUGAAGCGAGGCAGUAAGUGGGGCACAGUCUGCAGCGAUGGCUGGACCACAAAGGAGGCCAUGGUGGCCUGUCGUCAGCUCGGCCUGGGCUACUCCCUGCAUGCGGUGACGGAGACGUGGUACUGGGACGCCAGCAACGUGACAGAGAUGGUCAUGAGCGGGGUGAAGUGCGCCGGCCACGAGAUGUCCCUGAGCCACUGCCAGCACCACGGCGCCAGCCUGAGCUGCAGGAACACGGGCACGCGCUUCGCCGCGGGCAUCAUCUGCUCCGAGACUGCCUCCGACCUGCUGCUGCACGCGCCACUGGUGCAGGAGACGGCCUACAUCGAGGACCGGCCGCUGCACAUGCUGUACUGCGCCGCCGAGGAGAACUGCCUCUCCAGCUCGGCCCGCCUGGCCAACUGGCCCUAUGGGCACCGCCGCCUGCUCCGCUUCUCCUCCCAGAUCCACAACCACGGCCGUGCCGACUUCCGCCCCAAGGCCGGCCGGCACUCCUGGGUCUGGCACGAGUGCCACCGGCACUACCACAGCAUGGACAUCUUCACCCACUACGACAUCCUGACCCCCAACGGCACCAAGGUGGCUGAGGGACACAAGGCCAGCUUCUGCCUGGAGGACACCGAGUGCGAGGAAGAUGUGGCCAAGCGGUACGAGUGUGCCAACUUCGGGGAGCAGGGCAUCACUGUGGGCUGCUGGGACCUGUACCGGCACGACAUCGACUGCCAGUGGAUCGACAUCACUGACGUCAAGCCAGGCAACUACAUCCUGCAGGUUGUGAUCAACCCCAACUUCGAGGUGGCAGAAAGUGAUUUCACCAACAACGCCAUGAAAUGCAACUGCAAGUACGACGGGCACCGCAUCUGGGUGCACAGCUGCCACAUCGGAGAUGCACUCAGCGAGGAGGCCAACAAGCGGUUUGAGCAGUACCCAGGUCAGCUCAACAACCAGAUUUCAUAGGGCCCCGGACCCCAGAGAGAUGGGCAUCUCCCUCCCUCACCCCGUACGGGUGGGAGGAAGCCCCUGGGGGCUGGCAGGGAGGCCUCUUGCCCGGCACUGCUGCUGCUGGGGACUGCCCAGGACUUGCCACCGGCUGCCCUUCCCCACCUCGGGGGGCUGGUGCUGGAGGCACCGACACCUGCACCUCCCAGCCUGGGGCUGCCACCCCAACCACUGGCCAGAAGAGCGUGCCCACGUUCCCUGGGCUGCGGCACACGGGUACGGUCUGGGAGGUCCUGCACCCCCCACCGCUCCAGUCCUUCCCAUUCCAGCAGUACCCCACCUCCCGCUCCUCCCUUUCAGCCCUGGUUCCUCUCACUCCACAUCCCUCCCCACAGCUCAACCCCUGCGCUGGUCCCAGGACCCACCCUCCAUGCAGGGACCCGUUCCCCUGCCUGGCCUCAGGAGCCCCUGGUCCCCAGGGAUGGUGAGGGUACCCCUGGCUCACAGCGCUGCCCAGGGGCGGCUCAUACCCCAUCUCUCAGUUGUAAUUUUAUUUUCUCUAUAAAGUUGUUAGUUCUAUUU